AUGCGCAAGGCCGGCACUAUGCCAAACGAGCGGUCGCACGGACGGGGGAGCCUCGCCGCGUCCGCCGCCGCGGUCGCCGCAACCACCGCUUCCGGAGCCCCGUGGGGGGGCGCCAACUACGGCAGCGUAGGCGGCGGCUCCGCAUCGUUUCCCCGCAACACUCGCGGCAAGCGCGUGCUUGUAAAAGCCACUAGCAUGCCGCCUGCCGCCGAAUCCCGUCGCCCAUCCAGUGGCGCUGGCAGCGCAACGAGCGGGGGCUCCGCCAGAACCCCCCGCCUUCCUGCCGGCCGCAUGCAGCAGCGCCUGCAGGUUUUUCCGCCGACCCACGCGCCAGGACAUGCAGCAGCGCAGCCUUCCCCCAGAGGGCGGUCAUUGUCUGCAAAAUCCCCGCGCGUCCCGUCGAAAUCCCCACGCGCGCCCUCCGCCGCGCCGCACGGUGUCGCGCAGGUGUCUUUCGCCUCCCCGCGUUCUUUCCGAGGAAGUGCGGGGAUACCUGGUCCGCCCAACCAGCAUCAGCUGCGCGCACUCGCGCAUUCCCACUCUCUCCCGCCGCAGUCCCCCGCCAGCGCCGCCCGCGCAGCAGCCGCCGUAGCAAACGUGAAGGCAAGCGCAUUUCCAAAGAGCCCCUCGGUAGCAAUGAGCGGAAAGCCUUCUAGCGGAAGCGGACCGGCGCAAGGGCAGCCGGAGCCUAACGUGGGGGAGCAGCGGGAGGGGGGGGAGCAACGGGACGGGGGAUCUGAGCGGAAAACGGCAGCAGCGCUACGGCGAAGCGGAAGUUCGGAAGCGGUUCACAAAUUGGGGGGAAACGCGGAAAGAGCGAGGGAGAAAGUGGAAGGCGCAGUGGGAGCGGAGAGAACCGCGGGGAAAAGCGGAGAACCGUGUGUGCAAUUUGAAGAGAGUUCCUUGGCGCGGAAAGGAAGUGGCAAGGUUGCGGAGGAGAGUAGGCUUCGUGCUGCUGUAGCGAAAGGGCAGGAGCGGAAGCUAAAAGCGGAGAAGUCUGUGAAGGGGACAGUUGCUAAGGAGAAGGGGAGUGGGGUUACCAGGAAAGUGUCACGUGAGGGGAAGGGCAAAGAGGAAGUGGCAUCACCAGUUAUGGCGAAGCAGUGCCUACUGCCUUGGUUAUCUAAGAAGGCAUAA